AUGAGUGGUACUCCAAAAAGAUUGCCUGAUGAAGGAUGUCAUGCUACACCUUUGAAGAGGUCUGCUGAAGAUGGAGUUUUGUUUUCGAGUAGCAAUGAAAAGCUGAUGCAGCCAUCUAUCAGUGGAUGCCACUCAUCCCUUGAGUCAGGACAUGAUGGAAGAGCUGCGAAAAUACUUCGUCUAGAACAACAUGAUGCCAAUAAACAACUAUCUCUUCAUCCAAAGAAUCAUAUAUCUUCCUCUCCUGAUGAUUCUUGCAUAGAUCAUCCUGUUGCAGCAAUUAACGGGACAGAACUGAAGGAUUUGCAGGAAAGAAAAUAUUUCAAUUCUAGCACUAGAGAAACAAAGUCAGAAGUGAAGGACUUAUACCCUGAGAUGAGGACAGAUGGUCAAGGAAACAAGUCCGAGACUGAUGUAAAGAGAUCAAACAAGGAUGAAAAAGACUAAGAUCUGAUUGGGAGUGUCACUCAGAUUCUAAGAGUGAUACAAGAGCGACAAGAGAUGGGCUCACACCUUUGAAUGAUUCUAAAGAGCGUCAUAAAAGUAAGAGAUGCAACGAGUCAAUUAAGGAUGGUCUAGAAUCAUGGCGUACAUUGCAGCAUGGGUCGCGGACUACUGAUGAAACUGGAAAGGAUGUCCUGACAUGUGAAGAGAGAGAGGUCUUGAAAGCACAUGAGACUUCUGGGAAGAGCAGAUUGGAUUUGAAAGGGAGGGAAAACCAAGGAAAAAGAUAGAAAAAGAAAGGACGAGAAUCACGGAGAUCUAGGGAAAGCAGAUAAGGAAAGAAGUGAACAUCAUGACAAUUUGAAGCUGGGUAAGAGUAGUCAUGAAUGCAAGGAGCAUAUUAAAGAAAGGGAAAUUGAGAAAAGGGAGAGUGAAAAAAGGUUUCUCAAAAUGACAAGGAACAGAAAGAGAGGUGAAGCUUCAUGCUAAGAGAGGUUUACCAAAUGCUAAUGACACAGAUACUCCAGAAGGAUCUGUUGGGACCCCUGUGAAAGGAGGUUCUAGCUUGGAACCUUGGAGGCAUAAAGGGUUUGAUAGUUGGAAAGCUUGUGAGGGCAACAAUAAAGUGAAAAAGAGAGAAAAAGAGCCAGAUGCAGAUAAACAAGAAAAACAUAAUGGAUGUCAUGAGAAGGAAUCAGAAGCCAUAUCUGCAGGAGUAAAAGAGAGUGACAAGGAAACCUUUGGGUAUGGCAUCCAGCAGCGGAAGAGGAUGCUGAGACCAAGAGGAACACCUCAAUCUUAUAGUCGGGAGCCUCGUCUUCAAUCUCAACCUAGGGAGGAUGAAGGGUAAGCUAACCGUUAUUUGUUUUGAUAAUUAGGAAUUUUGGUUUGCGGUCAUUAUCCUACGUUUUACUUUUUUCAGAAGUUUUCAUUCUGAAACCAAUUGGAUUGCCAAGAUACGUUAACAUUCGACUUUUAUUUGAUUAUUUACCCCUUUAUAGGAUCAGACUGGAACACGGUAUUGACCUUUCAGCAAUAUGUUCUUAAGAAGACAACCCUCUUAAGUGGGUUUUAAUUUUUGAACAAUGGUGUUUCGGGUCAGCACUUUCUUAUCUGGUUCCGGGGCAACUUUGAUCCAAACCGGGAAUAUACACACACACACACACACACACACACACACACACACAGAUAACGGAAGUCCUAAAUCAGCCUGCUAGAUGACCAAACAUAUUUGCCUUGGGUUCAAAUAGAGGGUCUAACAGGUUUAUAGAGCAAUAUUCCAUCUACUUGGCAUUUAUUUAUUGCAUUCUUAUGUUCUCUUUUGUAAAAUCUUUUAAUUCAUAUCAUCUUGUGUGCUGACUGACAGACUUGCCAAUCGUUUGUGUGCAAUAUUUGCAAGUUUGUGCAUGUUGCCUAGGCAGACUGCCUAAACAUUUUCUAUCAGGGCUUUCAUGAACCUGACUUGGUUGGCGCAUUCCAUGGACUAACAUGGGGUAUCUAUUCAUUAUGAGGGAAAGUAGAGUGUUUAAAGCUGUAAAUCAUGUCUCACAUUUCUCUUGCUCUGCCAUGUCUUCCUUAAACACAGCUCGAAAAUGAUUGAUAGAAACAGGGCAAAAAUUAAUAAUUGCACAUAUGACAACGUUUCUGAGAGAUGAUUUGCAUUUGUGAAUUGGAUUGACAUCCAAUGUGAACAACUGUCAACCUGACUAAAAAGCGUUCGAGUCUCUGUCUGCCAUAGCCCAGUGUGUGUAAGAAGAAUGUGGGGUGCACAGAUGGGUUAAGGCUGGAGAAGGGAAAAGAACGGGGAACCAGGGAGGGAGGUUGGUGGCAGUGAGAAAUGUUGACAAUUUGGUUCUGGGAUGUCUCGCUGGGUGGAGGUCGGUCUAUUUGAUUAAUGGCCUUGUAGAUCUUGAGACAUUUUAGCAUAUAGUAUGCAAAUUGGCUGAGAUUAUUUCUAGCACCACAUAAAUUUAUUUAAACUUUUCUUGCAUGAGACAGCUUAAUUUUUUUCCUAAUUUUUGUGUAUAUCAUGACCAACGAGUCUUAAAAAACAAUUCCUUCUGUGAUAAUAUUAUUCUUCUGUGCCAUUAUUUUUUAGAAAAUUCUUUCUUUGCAGCAAUUAUCUUGUGCCUCUUCUCAUUUUUAUUUUCUCUAAUUUGUAUCCUUUGUUUUCUCACAUGCAGAUCUCAAGGUUGGACAACAUCUAUUUUUGCUGACAUUUUUCGGUGAUGACAUUAAGCGAUUGCAAUUCGGAAUCAUGUGGAGUUUGCCAAUUUCAUUUCUUUUUCUUUCUAUGUUAAGCUAAUAAUUUGCAUUUUAACACAUCUGGAUUAAGGUUCAUAUUUUACUCUUUCAUGAUUUAACCAUAAGGAUAUGGUGGCACUUACACAUGUUUCAAGAAGAUUCGCUACCGGGUGGAUGUGGGUAGUCUUGAUGCGGAUUUUUUCUUGUUGCCAAAAAUAAUCUUAAGCAUAACCUGAUGGUUGGAAUCAUUGUUUUGAUUGUUAGUAUGGGGGUAGUCAGAUGCAUUCUUGAUUUUUGUCCAUGCCAAAUGCGCUGUGGUAGAUAAGUGUGUUUUAUGGCAUGAACUUCCUUCUCUUGCCCUACCUAUAAGCUUAUUCUCUUGGCAGGUCAUUCCAAUACAGUCCUCCAUAGAUAUGAGAAGUUGGGGAUUCAUCCAAAUGACAGCGCAUGCAUGACACUGCUCCAUUGAUUGCUUCUUUGGCAGCUUUAUAUACAAUCGUUAUUGAUCUUCUUGUCUGUUUGAAAAGCUUUAAUUCUAUGAUGAUAAUCUGUGAACUCACAAUGCAAAGCUGAUCUCUCUUCCCUUUCCUUGGCUUUAUUUUCUAAUUAGAUGCUUCACUGUAGUGGGAAUUAUGAUUGAACUGUAUCUUUGAUAAAUACGACGUCUUGUACUUCCUUUCUCUCAUUUUUGCCGAAUCCAUUGAUUGCCAUUAAUUGUCUGGUGCAUACAUGAAGGCCCUGUAUCGUUGACAGAAAUGUUUUCUGAAAGCUUCAGGCUUAAUUUUUUAUUUUUUGCUGGUAACAGAAAAUAGUGUGAUUGUAAUGUUGUUAAUUUUUUUAUUUUUAAUUUGGAAAUCCUUGCUAUUAUUCUGUCCCAACUUUUUCACCCACACGCACUACAUUAGAUUUCCUUUCGGAUGACCACCUUCACCGAUUAAUUCCGAGCUGUGGUGAUGAUCUUGAACCGAUAUCCGUUUUUGUACACAGCAGAGAUGUGCCUUACCUUCAGGUUUAUGGUUUGAUUCCUGAUUUAUGGUGUCCUCUUUGAAAUUUCCUCAGUUUUCAUUGGCAUGCGAACUAUAUUUAUAUUUGGUCUUUAAAAAUGAUUGACCGCUGUUCAGGGAAGUUGCACAAUGGCAACCUUUUGCUAGGCAGAUAGAUUAGUUGUCACCUGGACAGUUUCCUUCAUUUAAGAAAGUGCUACCCUUUUGGUUAAUUUUGUUCAGACAAAGCCAUUUUGUUGCAAAUUUUACUUUAAUCUUCUGCAUCUGUUUUUCCGAUCACUAUUUCAACAUUCUAUGCCUAACUUACUGUUCAAAAUACGUAUGCUCAAUUUUCGGCAAUAUUUGAUGGUAUAUCUGUUUCCAUUGUUUUAAAUUGGUGAAUUGGGUGUCCAUUUAACAGGUAAUGAUGAAGUCUCCUUGAUCACAUAUAAAGUUGGUGAAUGCAUGCAAGAAAUCCUGAAGUCAUGGAAAGAAUAUGAAGCAUUAGUAAAUGGUAAAAUAGAUGAAGCGUUUCAAAAUUGUCCAACCUUGGAAAUCCGAAUACCAACUGAGCAUGUUACCAGAUCUAACCGGCAAGUAAGGCAUAACUUCAAUCUCUCAUUAACUUGAAAGUUAAAGUGAUUGUAAUGUAAUAUUUUCAGUUGUUAAUUUGGCGUCAAUGUUUGAUUAACAUCCUUGAGUUUUCUUACUCGUGCUUGUAGUUAGCUUCUCCUCAAGCCUUUUAACAAGGGUGCUUAAUAUUAUAGUCUAUGUAAAUGAUGAGGCUCUGCUGGCUGAGAAUCCUCAUAGUGUAAAUGUUGCUUCAAGUUUCUCUGAGGCUACCAAAAGCAGGAGCUCUUGGUCUCAGAUCUCUCUACUCGUAAAAAUGUUACCAUCAUGAUAUCUGUGGGAGUACUUUCUGGGGAAAUGCAACUUUUCAUGUUACCAUUUCCUGUCUAAAUAACUUUUCAAAGUAAAUUGAGGCUAAAAUCGGGCGAAAUGCAUGAGAUUUCCUAAUUAAACUAGUGAAGUGGAGAAAAAGUUUUUGGGGCAAUGCCGCAAACACGAAGAACACAUCCUUGAAGUUUAAAUUGCAGUCCUAUGAGGAGAAACGUAUUUUGUGUCUCCAGAAUUUUUCCUGUAUAUCAUGUUCGCAGUGGACAGUUGAACUUGGUUUGUCCAGAACCCUAAUAUUUACGAGAAAAAAUCGUGCAAUCAUGAAGAUGUAGGCAUUUCUUAAAAUGUUUCUCACCAGGCUGCUCAUAACUCACAAGGAAGAUAGGGUACCACCCAUCUUUUAGAAAUAGAAACUUAUACCGAUGCCGCUUUCUAUACUAUGAAAAUCAUAACUUAGUUGAUUGCCGAAUAAACAUCUAUUUCUCAGCUUAAAACACAUUUUCCUCUCAAACAUUUAUAAGAAUUUUUAUUCUGUGGUAAUAUUUAUUUCCUAUAUGAGUGUUUUACAUAAGACCCAACUGCAUAAUGAUCGAUCCGCCUUAAUGAUUUAACAGACACUAACAGAAGCAACAUCCUUCCAUCUAUCAUUCAUCCAUUUUUCGGACAUUGAAUUUUUAAAAAAUUAGAAUCAAUGUUUUUCAUUUUAUCAUUACGUUUCUUUCUUAAAUGCCUCAUAUUGCCAUUCAAGAAAAAUAAACUGAAAACGGAUCCUGUCUCCCCAACUGCUUCAUUACUUCUUGAUAGAGACUAUCUAUUCUUCGUUAUAUGUGUUUCCAUGUCUAUAUUAGAAUAUAUUCAUUUACAUGCGCUCAUUUCUACAUGAUGAUUUGAAUAUUUGUGUCGCGGUGUGUAAUCAUUUUCUGAUAUCUACCUUCUAGUUGAUGUACAUACUAAGUUGACGGUGCCCAUUUUGCCCUUAACCAUUUUAGUAUUCUAUAAAUUUAGUUUCAACAAAAACGUGGGCAGUGCUUUCAUUCUUGAGAUUAUUGACUUUAAACCUCCUUUAGAGAAGGUCAUGCUACAAAUCAUAACGGCUAUUCUUUAGAAACAUUUUAUGUUCUCGACAGUAUCACUAUUAUAAUUGUUUGCUUCCUUUUGUUUUAGUUUCUUACACUGAGGGUCUUACGUGGUCAGUUUUUUAUUUAUCAAUAUCUUUUUAGACCUAAUUGACGUUUUCUCUGUUAGUGGUUAUCAAAAUUACCGUCUUGAACAUGUGAUUGAAGCACAUACAGUUAAUGAUGACAUAAUUCUGUCAUCUGCAGGUUAAAGGAGCUCAGUUAUGGGGAACUGAUAUCUACACAAAUGAUUCAGAUCUUGUUGCUGGUAUUAACGUUAUAUGUUGUCCUUUCGUGUCACUAUCAGGUGUCCAUUUGCCUGAUUGACCCACUUCUUGUCGAAUUUAUAUGGCUUAUUCUUUCAGUUCUCAUGCACACUGGUUACUGCAAACAAACAACAUCCCUUCCUCCUCCCAUCCAGGAACUGCGUGCUACCAUUCGAGUAUUGCCACCUCAACAUUGUGAGUUGAAACUUUAAAUUCCUUGGGUUCCAUUUUUCUUAUAUUUAUCUGCUUCAUUAUGUUUCAGUUAGCCUGCACCUGCGUUUUCUAACGAUGAAGAAAAAAUUGCUCUCGAAUCAAAAUACGAUGAAUUAAAGUUUAGAAAACUCAUUCAUCUUACAAGACAAGUGUGCUGUCUUAUUUGGUGAUUGUUGGUGGUUUCUAUGAAUGGUUUCUACUGAUGCAAAGCCUGCAUGUCGUCUGAUUGUAUACAAAUUUUUGAUUCGACCAUCUGUUUAUUCCUCAAUUAUUUGGUUCAAGUGCAACUUAUUAUGAUUGAUGAUGCGAUAUUUUAUUUGUGUAUUUAUUUAGUUUCUAAUUAGAAGGGGUUCAAAUGUUAGAAAGUAUCAUAAGGAAUUUUAAUAAAGUUCUCUAUCUAAAUCCUCUCAGUUCUUUUUGGUUGGCCCAUUCUGUCAUCUCCUUGAUCUUAUAAACAGAGCAAGUUGUCUGGUUCAGGCAGCAGUGGUUAAUGUGGUGGAUGGUGGGUGAUGACUUGGAGUGGCAACAAUAGCCCAAGCAGUGACUACUAGUGCAGUGGCAAGCAAUAGGGGACGAUGGUUAUGUUCCUUUUCUCGUUUUCCUCAUUCUUUUCCUCUCAUUCCUCUCCAUCAUAGUAGAACAUCACUGGACUCAAGUUGGCUUAACGAAGCUGAUAAUUUGCUUAGAUUAUACCACCAAGACUCUCGUGAUAUAAUUUGAUCUAUAUCUAUACGGGCUAUGUAUGAAUUUGCCUGGUUCCCAAUUUAGGUUGCCCCUUUGUCUUGAUCCUUAUGUAGAAGGAUUUGCUUGGACAAUUCCAUUGCACAUCAUGACUCACUAAGUGGGAAAAAUUUGCCAGACCUCUUGACUAGAUCCAAAUUAGACCUAGUCUUUCAAACUGUGUUUCAAAAGUGGCUAAUGGGAAUUGAGUUGUCCGCAGUGGGGAAAAUGUCAGCAGUAAAAUGUAAAUGAGUUCUUAUUUACAACCCUCUUAUAGAAUGCAGCGACAAGGUACUGGUUUCUUGGUUUUCAUGUCGUUAAUAUAGUGAAAACAUUUUUGUGAUGUACAAUCCACUAUUUCUUGGAUGGUUAAUCACCUUGGUUCCAUUCAACAUCUUGAACUGCAGUACUUUUGUGUAAGUUUAACUUCAAUAUAUCCUAUAUGUAUUAAAUAAAACUGUAGUUUUGUUUGUUUUAUGUCUUGAGUUUGUUGGAUAGAGAUAUUCAUACUUUGUUUGUAAUUGAAAGUCAAUUGUACUUCUGUUCGUCGAUAAAUUUAUACCAGAAUCAGUUCAUUACUGGCACUUUUGACUUUGGAUGGCUCUGAUAUAUUCCCAACAGAAAUAUGUAAAAAUACCGGAAUAAUGAUAUUAAAAUAUCGGGAAAUGAGAGCAGAAAAAGGAAGCAGGUCUUCAGUUCUCUAGAUCUAUUCCUUUUGUUGCAUAUGGUAGUACCGAGCAUUAAAUCGUGCCCAAAAUUUACAGAUCAAGAUCACUAUUUGCUUGUUUUAAGUUUCUCUUCUCACCACGUCCUUUUGUACAUGAGAAAUUGUUGAUAGAGAAAGAAAGGGUGUUCAUCCAAACCAAAACUUCAUCAGGUCUACACCGUUUGGCAUGGUUGAUGAUUCCUGGUUAUGCUAUUGAUCUUUUUUUCCUGUUAUUAUAGGCUACUACUCUACGUUGAGGAACAGCAUUCAUUCCCGUCCAUGGGGUUCUGGAACUGACUGUAGCUUUCGUGUAGAGAGGUGCUGCGUGGUAAAGGUGAGAGAUAUCUCAACUCGUAUACUUUUCUGUUAUACACUAUUUUAUAAUAUGUCACAGAAGAUUGGCUGAUUUUUAUCUGUAAGUCACUCUUUUCUGGUCAUUUGUAUAUCCAUGUUUUGAACUUCAUGUUAAAGUUUGGCUAAGUCUCCAGUGAUUCUCCAGGAUUUUUUUUAACGUUUUUCCUUUUCAAUGAACCACUUUACAGAAAGGUGGUGGUAUUGUCAAUCUUGAGCCUCAGCUUAGACUGAUAUCUUUCGUGGAGCCAACUCUUGUUCCUUUGUCGCUGGAGCGCACAAUGAACACAAGAGCUGCAGCAUCGGUAAUAUUUCAUGAAACACCAUUAUUUUCCUGUUCCACUCUCAACUUCGCAAUUUUCUUCAGUUUCCCCACUUAAACUUUGAAUCCAUUUCUUCCAUGUAUAAUCCUUGUUUCUUAACGAUCACCAUUUGGGUGAAAAUUGUACCUGAGACGGGGGACAUUCCUAUGACUGUAAAACACCACUCAUGCGAUCAUUGACCAGAAUGACGCAUUCUGUAAUUCAUACAGGAACUCUGAGUCACUUAAUGGAAGAGCUUUUAGUCAUUUUCUCUUUUUUGUUCAUCUAGUCGAAUUCGAUCGUGAUUCUUCUAGUACAGUGGCUUCCAGUGUGUUAUUUUAAGGUUUUGCUCUCCUCCAACUGAAUGGGGAAACUGGAUAAUAAUACACGAGAUCAGGAUUUCUAGCCACCUUCCAAGAAGAGCAUAUUUCGGACUGGUGAUCACUUUAUGUUUCUUGUCUUCUCUGUCAUUGUCAAUAUGUCAUUAUCAAGAUCCUUUUUAAGUUCAAACUCUACCCUGACCUGUCUCUGCUGUGGAGUCUAAAACAGUAUUCGAGAGUUGAAGAUCUAGUAAUUGAGGAUAUAUAGGAGAAGGAUGGUCAAAUGGCUGAACCCAAAAGAAAAUGGGACUUCGGGAAGAUUGUGUUUGGAGGAGUACAGAAGGAGGUGGAAGCCACAUACAGAUCUAAAAGAAGCAACAAACCAGGGUCACGUGUUAAAAUGGGCGUGACCAUCCAAGCCUUUUAACACAUUGGCCCGAUCUGUUUUAUAUACGGUCUAGUUUCUCAUGUCAUCUAUUUUAGUGAUACGGUCUAGGAAUCACAUCUAUUUUAGUGUAGAUGGAAAGUGUGAGCAUGGAAAACUGGCUGCUUUUGCCUGGAUUUGCCAAUUUUGAUAAAAAUAAUAUUUGGGAUCCCAAUUUUUGUCAUUGGAAGGAAGUGGAUUUGAACCAAACAGUCUUCCGCCCUUUUUUACGUUAUGUAGUGCCAUCUUUCUUAUUAAUAUGAACGACUGAAUUUCAUUCUUUAAUGAGAAAUUGACUGUCUAUAGCCCUAUAAAAGUGCCUCUCAUCUGAUCUCCUAAUUUUUCUUACCUUUGGGGAGUUAUUAAUUGUUUGUGAAAGUUGUGCAUUAGUGAGCUUGUUUGCGGGGAUUCAUAGGGCUGGCUGCUGUGGAAAUGCCUGCUGAAUUUUGCUUAACAUUUCCACGUUGCACUUAUAAACAAAAAAUCCUUGUCGUUUUUUUGUUUCCAUGUUGUUCAUUCAUGAAAGAAUUUAUAUAGAAAUCAUUUAUUACUGUGCUUUCAAGUAUUGAUCAUCAAUAUUUUAAAUGCUUUUGCCUGCAGAAUGCCUUAAGGCAGCAAAGGUUUGUGCAGGAAGUUGCAAUACAGUAUAACUUGUGCAAUGAACCAUGGUAUUGUUCUUUCUCUAUUCCUUUGUUUCAUCGAUGUAUUUCUAUCUAGCGGAUAAUGUCAUUUACUCCCAUACACGCCCACAUAAUCACUUUAGGUACUCAUUCGUUGCACCAUGACAUCCUUUUCACCGCUGUCCAUCAUGUUUGAUGAAAUGAAUUUCCAUUAUGCGUGGAAUAUCUUCUCAGGGUAAAAUAUAGUGUGAAUGCUGUUUCUGAUAAGGGACCUAAGAAGCCCCUCUACACAUCUGCACGCUUGAAGAAAGGAGAAGUUUUGUAUGUGGAAACCCAUGUUAACAGGUACCAGCUCUAAGCAUUUUUCCAAUUUGAGCAGUGCUUUCGUUUUCAAAAGUUAUGUGCUCCUUUCAUAUCUUUAACCUAAUCAAUUAUUCUCUCUGUUCAUCAAAUUAAGGCGCCCAAAUUUUCAUUAGUCAAUUUCUACUUUAUAGGUUUGAGCAACUCUUCGUUCAGCAUCCAUAAUUUCUAUGCUUUGAAUAAUUUCAGCUCUAUAUUUCUCCUAUUCAGCCGUAUACCCAGUCAAUAAACCAAGUAGUAGCCCCACCUCGUGCAGAUGAAAUACUAAGCCUUACGUGUUGACUCUGAGCCCAUCUUUUAUUGUCUUCUCAUCACAUGCUCUCCAUGUUUCCUAAAGAUCCGGGAUCUUUUCAUUGCAUAAUCUUCAUCCCGGAUCGCGUAUUCCAUGUUUCUGGGUUAGUUUUGAUUUUUAUGUUCUGCGUCUAAAUUUCUGACAGAUCUUAGCCCAGAUGAAUCUCUCAACACUAGAAACUUGUUUUAAUGCUCCCUAGUUAAAUCGACCCAGGAUUAAAACGUUCUUGGUGGAAUAGGGAUUACCUUGCUUUGUCAGGUAGAGUGAAAAAGGGAAAAAAGAAAAAGACAGUAGUGCGUAUUUUGGGCCUGACUUGUAUUCAUAGACUGGACCUGUGAUUAUAAUGCUCUGAUUGACCUUCAGUUUAAAAUCUAUGAUAAGACCUUACAGUUCCUGUUCUUCCCACAGGACAGGGUUCAUAUGCCUGUUCAUACAGUUGGAUAUACUGGUUGUAGAGCCAUAUAAAUGAGCCUGAAUGUACUGGAAUGACGAAGAUCUAUCUCAUUUUUGUGUAUGAUAUGGUUUCAGCUUACCUUGUAUAAAAAUCCUCUGGUGCAGAUUCCACCCUUGGUUCUUCGUUGAAGACCUCUGAAUUCGUCUUCUUUCUCACACAUUCCUUUCCCAUUCAUCCUCAUAUGCCUGGUGUGAUUGCUAAAUGUAUUUGAAGGUGCCGAACAGAUGUGAAAGAAUCAAAGCCACUCUAGGGAAUUCUUAGUAUUUUUCAGAAAUAUUAUGAUCUUCUUCCCCAACCGAAACCUCUUGCAGGUACGAGUUGUGCUUCGGUGGGGAGAAGCCUACUGAGAACGGCGCUACAACUUCCUCUCGGCCCUUGGAACCUGAGCACGGGAACACUCAGAAUCACAGCUCUGACCGAGAUCACAUCACAGAUGUUUUCCGAUGGUCGCGCUGCAGGAAGCCCUUCCUCAGAAACUGAUGCUCUCUAUUGGGGUUCCUUUACCAGUGGAACAUGUGGAGGUGGGUAUGCAUAUUAUCUCUCGAUUUUCUUCUAUCUGGUGGGGUGGGAAGGAUUAAGAUUGCCAGGAGACAAAACAAAAGCACACUACACCGUGCUACCCUCAUCCCUUUAGAUAUAAAAGUUCUCCCCAGACAUAAAAAUGCAUAAACGGUGUGAUCAAAAAUGGUGUUUUAAUAGAUAUUUGGUCUUCUCAGAAAAAAUCGAAGGGACAUGCAAUACAUAUUUAUUGAGAUGUUUGAAAGUGAGUUUCAAAGGAUAAACAGAGGGUUUUUUUUUUUGAAUCUAUGCAUAUUUAUUGUUGUGAUGUUCUUGAACAGAGAAGGGUUUGGUCAAGUUCCAUCACCUUCUGUGCACAGGUGCUGGAGGAGAAUCUGGAGUGGGAGGACGUACAGUGGUCGAAGACGGGGGUGUGGGUGGCCGGCAAGGAGUACCCUAUCGUACGCAUCCAUUUUCUCUCUCCAAAUUAA